CAUGACCUAAGCAAAGAGACGAGAGAGAUAUAAUAUUUUUGACUUUGAACCACCUCUCUAAGACGAUCAUGGCGCCCCUGUGCCUGUGGUUGUGCGCUAAGCCCACUGCUUAUGUCUGAAUGUGUCGCAACCACUGAGAUUCCGUAGCAGAAGCAGAAGCUUGUUCAAAAUGGCGCGCGCGUCGUCGGCCUUUUCUGCUCGUGAUAGAUGUGGGAGCCGCUGCGCAUGGUGUGGCGCGAGGUCAUAGACUUCGGCUCUGGCCGGGUCACCCCAUGCGACGAUAAGGGGCCGGAGCCAGUUGCGCGAAGUUCUCCCGGGGCCGGACGGCCGGGGCCGACGAAGACAUGCAGGAGAGUUUGGGCGGGCCCGCUGGUUCGGCUGCGCAACUACAGGCGAAAAAGCGGCACGCAGGGUCAGGCGGAGCUGGUGGCAAUCAGGGCGAGGAGCUUCGGGCGGAGGGUCCGAGCGGGCCCGGGUUUGGAUUACAGCCGACCCCGACCGCGUCUACAAAGCCGGAUGCUUCGUGAACGACGACGCCACGCGGACGCUCGACACCAUGCUGCCGCCGAGGGACCUCGAGUGUUGCUUUGCAGCGAGGCAGGCGCCCGCCGGAACCUCAAUGACUUGCCCCCCCCUGAUCGCGGCCCGGUGGGGCGUGGUGUGGCGAAGUCGGGCGCCGCCGGCGUCGAGGCGGC